GACAUUUGUACUCCGCAGGCCCUUACCAUUCAUCUCCAAUGUACACUCCAUUCCACCGGAACUGAGCAAGCCAGAGGUAGCAAAUACCAACCUAGGCAUCAUAAGUAGCCACCAUCAUCCCGAUCAUUAAGCGUUUAGCUAAAUACUUUCGGAUUUGUUAACCUCCUCACAAGAUUUCGUUGCAUCCCUUAUUUUCUUCUCCUUUCAAUUCAUUGAUCCGCUGUUCGACGACUGAUUUCUGCUCUGUACUUCCUCUCCAUCCCAUCAUCCCGAAAAUUUUGUAUCGGUAUUCCACAACCUGCUGACCCGGUCUUCAUCAUCCAAUCGUCCAUUCAUCGCGAUAUAUUGUUGUAUGUGGGGUUUCCAGGAUCCCUAGCUGUUCAAGCAUCAAUAUCAACCCUGCCAGCAGAUCUUUUGCUUGAAUCUCGAAUACUGGGAAAUAAAAGGAAACAAGCAUACCGCUUCUUGCGAUUUCGUAGUACAAUAACGCAGUACUUUACUUCGCAUUCUCGUCUACAUGUGCUGGCAAUCAGAUAUAAACCUUACUCCUUGUUUUAUAUGUUGCCCAAGCAUCUGACAACAAACAAAUUCAUAGUAAUCUACCCAACAUUGCCAAAUCUCAAUCCCAUACUUCACCAGUCGAGGAACUGUCUACUACAACCCUCCCAGUUUCCGAGCAGACAAGACACGGAACACAACUCUUCCCAUACCACCUUGCCGACCUAGACAACGUCGACCUCAUUCUAUACAUAUAACUCGUCUACCCGCAGGCUUUGUUCCGUUUGACUUGCGACCUCCAUCGUCCCCACCAGAGCCCAAAAAGCCUUCCCGAACCAAAUCCCAAUUGAACAAGCUGGCUUCCCGGGAGAGUGCAAAGCGUGUGCUAGGUUCUGUUUUCUCACCCUUUUCAUCUCAGCCUUCUUCACCAACAUCCUCCGCCGCAUCAUCCACGAGAACACCGAGCCCGCAAGUGAGUCGUUCACAGUCAGUACGGACCAAUUCGGGGGAUCGUCGAAGCAUAUUUUCUAGAAGGGCCCAAUCCAGUUCUGGGUUGGAGGCCGAGUCGGAAGGAGGAAUAAUGACUGGGCCUGGGCCUAGUAAUAUGGAAGCUGUGGGCAUCGAAAACCGUCCCUUAGGAAGCAGCCAGCCGGACGUUGAUUUGAGCAUUAGAAAUUCGAAGCCACCCCCGAUAGCGAGCUUUGGGGAAAAUGAGAAACCUGUUGCGUCAGGCAAUGGGGUAUCUGUGUAUGUUCCUUUCGCUGAACCUAUUGUAUACCUGACUGGUUUGGAUCACGACGGUACAACUCGCAAUUCUGAAUCCCACAAUACCCUUGGGAUUCUCCGUGGAAAAGUUCGACUUAAUGUUACUAAGAGCGCCAAGAUCAAGUCAGUUACAUUGACAUUUAGAGGAAAGGCGCGAACUGAGUGGCCUGAAGGACUGCCACCGAACAGAACAGAGACUUUCCAAGAAGAUUCACUUCGAACACAAGUUCUACCAUUCUUCAAUGCUUUGUACGAAGGUUCUGAUGUCGGCUAUGGCACGCAUUGCAAUUAUUAUUUACGGGAUAAAUCUGGGACAACUUCUGUAACCCCCCUGGAUUUACCUAGCUCUGGAAUAUCGACAUUACUCGGCGCUAGAAGUAGAGCAAGUACCCUCAUUACAUCAAAGGAGUCAAAGAGACUGUCAUUACAGAAUAAUCAAUCCCGUAGUUUCCAAAAGGGAGACUCUCCCAACGGCCCAACUCCUCAACAAAAAGGUUACAAAACUUUCCAUCCUGGAGUAUACGAAUACACUUUUGAAUUGCCCAUUGACAAUAACUCUCCGGAAACCACAAAACUCCCGAUGGCUUCUGUGGUAUGGCAAGUAGAAACUUUGGUUGAAAGGGCGGGUGCCUUUCGCGCCAACCUUUUUGGAGUCAAAGAAGUACCGGUCAUCAGAACACCAAACAUUGAGUCAUUGGAAUUGGUCGAACCCAUCUCAAUAAGCAGAAAUUGGGAUGACCAGUUACAUUAUGAUAUCAUGAUUUCCGGAAAAUCCUUCCCGAUUGGCUCUAAGAUUCCUAUAGCUUUCAAGUUGACCCCUUUGGCAAAAGUUCAAAUCCACAAGAUAAGGAUUUAUGUCACUGAGUCUAUUGAUUACCAUAAUAACAGUGGUGAUAUAACUAGAAAGGACAAGCAGCAGAAGAAACUUUUACUAUUCGAGAAAUUGGCGAACCAGGAUCCCGCCAAAGAGUUUAGAAACUCUGAACUGCGAGUUCUUCGUGGGGGCGAGCUCUCUGUUUCAGAAAGAGCUCAUGCGCGGGCAACUGCACAGAGGGAGAGGGAGAGAAUGGCAAGACAGUUGGGCACCACCCCAGAGCCUCUACCUGAAGAGUCCAACAAUAUACUAGGUGAUAUCGACCUUGGGCUUGACCACUUUGCCGGCCCAACAGAAUUGGAGAUGUCAGUUCAACUGCCCACAUGCGAGAUGAUGAAAAAAGAUGAAUCCAAACGCCUUCAUCACGAUUGUUCAUGGAAGAACGCUAGGGUACACCACUGGUUCAAGAUUGCUAUGCGUAUAUCGCGCAAAGAUCCUGAUGACCCUACUGGUAAAAAGCGCCGCCAUUUUGAGAUUUCUAUCGAUUCCCCUUUUACUAUUCUCAGCUGCCACGCAUCUCAAAUGCAAAUGGCUUUGCCUGCAUACUGUGAUCUCGGUGGCCCGAAUGUUCGCUCUCAAAAUGAGCGUCAAUGUGGUUGUCCUAAUGCAGCCAGUGUAGAGAAUGCGCCAAUAACAUCAGCCUCGAGAGCUUCUUCUCUUGAUAAUCUGAGGCAGAGUCUUGGCCAGUCGACGAUGGCGCGCCCAGAAACCGCCCAGCUUUUGACUAGACCACCACAAGCGCAUCUUGCAAUGAACACAGCAGUUCAACGACCUAUUCACAUGUUACGCAACCCAAGUUUUGCUGCUCCUGAAUAUGAGGCUGAUGAACCUCCCCCACCAAUGCCAACGCCACCGCCCAUGUAUGAUCAUGUUGUUGGUACGCCUAGCGUCGACGGGCUUGCUGAUUACUUUACAAGAUUGGCCGAUUAUGAGGAGGAAGAUCACACAGAUGAUGAAGAUGUACAGCGAGCUUCAAAUCGUGGCCGUGUGAAUGUUGUUAAUCCCAACACGCCAGGUGGGCGGAUCGCUCGAAGCAUGGACAUUAAUCGUGAUUUUAUGUUCAACGCGGCAGCUCUUAACAACAGAAUGAAUCGUGGUGAGGCUGGUGGCAGAAAUGCCUAGACAAUGACUAGAUUCCACGGAUCAGGCUCGGAAUUUUACAUGACUUUUGGACAGUACGGAUAUAUACAUACAUAGUUGUAUGGGAUACGGGAAAACAUGCUUGCAUGGUAAUUCUUUUGGGGGUUGGAAAAUUGGGCCAUGGUGUUUCCUGGAUACCCGGUGGGAUCAUAAUUAUAAGGUUGAAUAUAAUCAUUCACUGGUUGGUCUUGGGGUGGCGGUGCAGAAACGCUCUUUUGGUCACUAUCGGCGUACCUGUUGGUAUUCUUGUAUUUCUCUUCUGGGUAAAGCAUUCUUAGCCGGGGCUUUUAGGCGGUAUGAUAAAUGAACGAACACGAUGAAACAACAUGAGUACUUAUGAUUCGGGACGGCGUAUAUACCUUUGAUUAUUGGUUUGGUUAACGAAUAGAUGCAUUGAGGAAAUCGGGACAAGGCGGUAUAUAUUUCAAGUACAAAUGCCAAGAUUGGUUACUAUCAUUUAAAAAAUUAUUGAAAGCAAUGUUUGCCAUUUCUGUGACGCUCUGUUUUAUGUAGCAAUAUUCAAAAGCUUGCGAGAAAAUCAUGAUGCUAACGCUUUUCCA